UUUAUUUUUCUGUACUCAUCUCCGGAAUAUUGAUUAUUGAAGAUUCAUGGCUUCAAGAGAUCACAGAAAAAUGAAGGAUCUUUUGUUAUUUUUUCUGAAAAUAUAUUAGGGUUUCAUGGUCCGGUUCUGCUGCGAAUUGUAUUUUUGCAUUCAAGGAUUAUUCCCAAAUAUUUUGGUCUUUUGGUCCUAGUGGCCAAUUUUCCCAAAAAGCUACCCGAAAAGGGGUCAAAUAUUCAGAAGCUGUGACUUGGAAGUCUAUCAUGGAAGACUAAACCACGAACAAUUCCCCUUCUUCUCCAUAUACAAUCAAAGCCCAUCCCAUUGCAUGUAUCGUCGCUGUUCAACUAUUACACAUUGAUAUGGCUCUUUCGUUAAUCCUCCACGUUCUUCUUCUCUUGUCUCUCUCUUUCCAAUUUUCAUCUUCAUCAUCGUCCUCGCUUAACAGUGGCUUCUCUCUCUGUGUGGAGAAACUAGAAGAUUCUAUUCUCUCACCGGACGGUGUCUUCUCUGCUGGCUUCUAUGCUGUCGGUGAAAACGCCUAUGCCUUCGCUGUCUGGUUCACCCGAAACCCCACCGUGGUUUGGAUGGCAAAUCGUGACCAACCUAUCAACGGAAAACGGUCAUCACUUUCCCUCCUCAAAACCGGAAACCUUGUCCUCUCCGACGCCGGACAAUUCAACGCGUGGUCGACCGACACAACCUCGUCUUCUCCGACAUACUUGAUUCUCAACAACAAUGGAAAUCUAGUGCUCUCUGAACUCUACUCAAAUGAAAGCAAUGUUCUGUGGCAGAGUUUCGAUUUCCCAACAGACACUCUACUUCCUGGACAACAACUCACAAGAUACACAAAGCUUGUCUCCGACAGAAGCAGCACCAACCAUUCAAGUGGCUUUUACAAGCUUGUCUUCGAUGAUGACAACAUUCUUAGCCUUUUAUACGACGGCCCGGAUGUCUCAAGCAUAUACUGGCCAGCACAAUGGCUUCUGAGUUGGGAAGCAGGAAGGACCACCUAUAACAGUAGUAGAAUCGCAGUGAUAGAUUCUAUCGGAACUUUCAACUCAACAGAUAAUUUCGGAUUCAUAACUUCGGAUUAUGGGGUUGUGAUGCAAAGAAGAUUGAAGAUGGAUCCUGAUGGUAACAUUCGCGUGUACAGCCGACAACAUCAGAAUGAUCCAUGGUAUGUGUCGUGGCAAGCCAUAUCUAGUCCUUGUAUUGUGCAUGGACUUUGUGGUGCUAACAGCACGUGCACGCACGAUCCAAGGGAAGGAAGAAAGUGCUCAUGUCUUCCGGGAUAUAGAGUGAAGAACCAUAGCGAUUGGUCUUAUGGGUGUGAACCUAGAUUUCAGCUCUCAUGCGAUAGAAAUGAGUCCACCUUCUUCAAAUUGCCUGAUGUUGAGCUAUAUGGGUAUGACUAUAUUUAUAAGAAAAAUAUCAGUUUUAGUGAUUGUGAGAAUGAAUGCUCACAAGACUGUGAGUGCAGGGCAUUUCAGUACUCUUUUAACAAUGAUGGCUUAUUUCAAUGCUAUACGAAAAAAGUUCUGCUCAAUGGUCGUCGAUCACCAAACUUCAGAGGAACAACCUACUUGAGACUGCCUAAAACCAGAAGAAAUAAUGGUUCGUUCUUUGCGGAUGAAGAAUCUGCUCAAGAAAAUGGUCGUGUCUGUUCAGUAAAGCUGGAAAGAGCCUAUACCAAGAGACAUGUCAGCAGUUUUGUGAAGUUCUUUCUUUGGUUUUCCAUUGCACUUGGGGUGUUUGAAGCCCUCUUCAUCUCUAUAACUUCGUGCUCUUUGAUGAGAACCAAACAAAAAUCAGAUGUCAAUCAACAAGGGUACAAUUUUCUCUCUCCUUUUGGGUUCAGAAAAUAUACUUACUCUGAACUAAAACAAGCAACGAAAGGAUUCACAGAAGAAAUCGGAAGAGGAGCAGGUGGAAUAGUGUACAAAGGAGUAUUGCCUGAUCAGCGAAUCGCUGCAAUAAAGAAGCUGAAUAAUGACAACAUUGGAGCCAAACGAGAUGAAGCUGAAUUUCUAGCAGAAGUGAGCAUAAUCGGUAAGCUUAAUCACAUGAACCUGAUUGAAAUGUGGGGGUAUUGUGCUGAGGGAAAGCAUAGACUAUUGGUGUAUGAGUUCAUGGAAAAUGGUUCUUUAGCAGAAAAUCUCAAAUCAAACACUCUGGGUUGGACCAAAAGAUACAAUAUCGCUCUGGGAACAGCAAGAGUACUAGCAUACCUACACGAAGAAUGCUUGGAGUGGAUUCUGCAUUGUGACAUAAAGCCUCAGAAUAUCCUUCUAGUUUCAAACUAUCAACCCAAGGUAGCAGAUUUUGGAUUAUCUAAGCUUCUGAAUCGAAAUGAACAGAACGCUCAAAGCAUCUCAAUGAUAAGAGGAACGAGAGGUUACAUGGCACCGGAAUGGGUUUUCAAUCUGCCAAUAACGUCAAAGGUGGAUGUUUACAGCUAUGGAAUUGUUGUGUUGGAGAUGUUAACAGGAAGGAGUGCGACAACGAUGGGAAGUCGGAGUGAUGAAGGAGAAGAGGCACAGAAUGGGAGGCUUGUGACGUGGGUGAGAGAGAAGAGGAAGAGAACGACGUCGUUGGAGGAAGGGUCGUCGUUGACAUCGUCGUGUUGGGUGGAGAAAAUAAUUGAUCCAGCCAUUGGAUCACAGUUUGAGGUUAAGAAGAUGAAGAUGGAAACUCUGGCAAGUGUGGCUUUGAAUUGCGUGGAGGAUGACAAAGAUGCGAGGCCCACCAUGAGCCAAGUUGUUGAGAUGCUUCAGUGCCAUGAAAAUGAUGCUUCUUAGUCAUGCGCAUGACGGCUUAAAAAUGUCCAUAUAUGCAGUUUCGUUGAUGGUAUCAUCAAUUGUUUCUUGUGGUAUUAUCAAUCUCCAUAUGUCUAGGUCUGAGAUUUGGCUUCUGCUGUAAUAAUACUAUAGAAUUACCUUCUUUCUUUCUUUUCGUGUCUGAGAGAGGAAAUCCCCCUGGGGUGUUACGUUAAUUAUCUUUUUUUCUCCCUUGUCUUUCCUUGUUUUUGACUCUUGUAUAUCUCAAAUAUGAAUAAUGUUUAUCUUUAAUUUGAAUCCAGUAAAAUAAACUUAGAGCUUUAUUUUGUUUGUAAA